UCGUAUUCGGCCCUUGCGAGUGGAGGGCUCCGUACACUUGUAUUUGCUACAGACGCUGAGUCACAAUGGCAACAUUAAUGGUAGAAUUAGCCGUGCUCAUUAUAUUGGCCAUUGUUCGCACCGCUUCUUGCGAUGGACAAGAACAGACUGGCGAAGGUGGAAAUCAAGGCUCAGCGGGAGGCGCCGAGAGUUUUCCGGACUGCGUCGAUUUCGUAGUAGUGGGCGCUGGUUCCGCGGGCAGCGUUGUGGCCAACCGACUGUCUGCCAACGGCAAGGUCACGGUUCUUCUCCUCGAGGCCGGCGACAACGAGACGCCCGAUCUCCUUGUUCCUUUCUUCGCUCCCUUUGCAGCGAAGCCUACCAACACCUGGAUGUACACCACGAUACCACAAAACAAUUCGUGCCUCUCUUUCCCAGGACAAGUGGCUGUGUUGACCCUAGGCAAAGUUAUGGGCGGCACCAGUUCCAUCAACUCGAUGAACUUCGUGCGCGGCAGCAGGCACGACUUUGACUUGUGGGAAAAAGAGUUCAAUGCCACCGGCUGGAAUUACACCAGUGUGUUGCCCAACUUCAAGGCCAUCGAGAACUUCAACGUGAGCGGCUUUUCCGAAGAAGAGGUAGCCAAGUACCGCGGAAAGACGGGAGAGACGCCGAUCAACUAUCCCCGCUACAACACGUCACUGAGCUACGCUUUUCUCAAUGCGUGCAGCGAGUCUGACUACGAAUACGUCGACUACAACGGCGCCAAACAUACCGGGUGCCUCGACCGCCACGCCCGCAAGCGGUACACUAUAUCGAGGCACCUUGCUCCGGGCGUGACGAGCGCCAUAAUUUUUGACGAGAGUAAUCGAGCCACUCACGUUGUCUUCACCAAAAACGGCGUAGAAAUGAAUGUAACUGUCGGCGUCGAGGUGAUCCUCUCUGCGGGAGCCAUCAACUCUCCAAAGCUGCUCAUGCUGUCGGGAAUCGGACCCAAAGAGGAUCUGGCAAAAAGCAACAUCACUCCUGUGGUGGACCUUCCAGUGGGUGUGGGACUCAUGGAUCACAUAAUUUUCCCUGGCCUCGUUGUAACUACGACAAUGGAUGAAAUAGGACUAAGCAACAUAAAUCAGAGCAUCGAAGAGUACUAUAAAACUCGGACAGGACUUCUCACCAUACCGGGUGCCUUUGAAGCACUGCUGUUCACCAAUAGCAGCGAGGAUUCGAGUGAACUCCCGGACUACCCCGACAUAGAGCUGGAACUUGCGGACAUUUUUCCAGACCCACGAAUCGCAAUAUCGCCGUACGUUUCGAAUGAGACGUACGAAAAAUACUACAUGCCGAUGUUCAACAAAACUGGCUUCAUGAACGCCGUGGCCAUGGUGCGACCAAAGUCUCGUGGCAGUGUCAAGCUCAACAACACGGACCCGAACGGACCGCCACUCAUCGACCUAAAAUUUUUGUCUGUACAAGAGGAUGUCGACAGAAUUGUAAACGGUGGGUACCUCAAGUGA